AUGGUCAAGAGCAAGACCAACCGGCGCAAGAAGAGAUGGGAGGUUUAUGGUGACUCCCUAGCAGCACAGCUCAAUGAUCCCCUAGAGGGCAUUGAUGCCACCACAACACCAGCAAAACCCGCAAGCCACAUGAUGAGCAAACUAUGGCAUGAACGAUUUGGUCAUCCUGGCAGGAACAAGACCAAGCAAAUCCAGGCCCACUACUUAGGAAAAGAGACACAGCUUGGACAUGAUGCAAGGGACUGCAACUGUUGCAGCCAAGCAAAGCAAACAUGCGCAAGAAUGACAAGUAGCAAAACAGAGCGAGCCCAGGCACCCCUGGAGCUGGUACACAUUGACUUGAUGAUGGACCUGAAAGGUCAUCCCAACUACCACCAUGCACUGGUAGUUGUAGAUGACUCGUCAUCCUAUGUAUAUGUGAAACCACUCCUCAGCAAGGCCGAAGCUUUCCCUGCUCUAAAGGCAUGGAUCAAGGCAGCAGAGAUAGCAACGGACCACACGCUAAAGUGCAUCCACAGCGACAAUGGAACAGAGUGGUCCAGCUUUGGAGCAGAAGAAUGGAAACGAGAAGCAGGGUUCAAAUGGCAGAAAACCACACCAUAUGUCAGUGCCCAGAAUGGGAGAGCAGAGUGCAUGAUCAGAUCCCUUCAAGAAAAGAUGUGUGCAAUGCUUGUCCAGAGAUCAGUACCAAAGGAGCUGUGGCCCUACGCCAUCAUGGCUGCAGGGCACACACUGAACUUGACACCCUCUACCGAAGCAAAUAGGAUUCCAUACGAGGACUUCCACCACAAGUCGGCACAUGGUUUGGCCAAGCAGCUGCGUGUCUUUGGUUGCCUCGCUUGGGUCCACCUCCCCAGGAAGGAUCAUACUGGAAAGCAUGGCGUAAGAGCAAUCCCAGGAAUCAUGGUCAGCUAUGAUGACAAGCACAAGGGCUGGAAAUUCUUCACCCCCAGCCACACCCCAUCUAUACGGUGGAGCAACUCAGCCACAUUCCAUGAAGCCAAAGGUUGGCAUGAUCGCCCCAGUGUGCAGAGCCCACUGCAGUUCGGUUUCGAGAGCCUCGAAGCAGAAGGUACUAGACCCGAGACAGAUAGCGACAAGCCCAAAUUGGAGGUGGAAGUACUCGACAUGGAAGACCCACUUCCCAAGAUACACACUGCACCACCCGCUGACCCUACAGAUGACAACAGGUCGGAGCUCGAUGUUGAAGAGAUAAUUGGAGAAGCACACACAGCCACCCUGAACCUCACGCCGACCUUAAAGGAGGCACUUGCCAGCGACAAUGCACAACAAUGGCAGGAAGCCAUAUGCAAGGAGCUGGAUGGACUUGAGGCAAUGGGAACAUGGGAGAUUGUGGACGUUCCACCAAACACUAGACUUGUCGACUCCAAAAUAGUCCUUCGGCUCAAAUUGGAUGCCGAUGGCAUACCUGUCCGGCACAAAGCGAGACUCGUUGCACAGGGCUUCACACAGUGGGAGGGUAUCGACUUCGAAGAAACCUUUGUGCCUGUGGCACCACUCAGUGCAAUAAGAGCCCUGUUAUCCUUGGUAGUGGAGCGCAACUGGGAAGUCCAUCAGCUUGACAUCACAAUGGCUUACCUCAACUCCAUGCUCAACCAUGUGAUCUACAUGAAACCACCAGAAGGUGCCAAGGUGCUGAAAGGGAAAGCCUACCGAGUCAUCAAGGGACUGUAUGGCCUUAAACAGUCGGGAUGGGAAUGGAACAUGGAGUUUGAUAAGUUCCUGCGACGCUCAAACUUCCACAGGCUCGACUGCGCACCAUGCAUCUACACCAGAGGAGAAGGGGAUAACUUUGCAAUAGUGGUCAUCUAUGUUGACAACACGUUAAUUAUAGCUCCAACCCUAGAAACAGUAAGGCGUAUCAAGGAGGAAAUAGGCCAAAGAUGGCGGAUGGAGGAUGGUGGCAAUGUCUCCCACUUCCUCGGGAUUAAAAUCACCAGGGAUCGAGAAGCGAAAACCAUGGACCUCGAGCAAACCAGUUAUGUUAAGCAGCUUCUGGAUGAACAUUUGGACAAGCGCAGAAGGAAGUCUAGCGUACCACUCCAAGACAUCCCAGUCCCAGAAACGGCAGCAAGCAUAGCAGAAUGUAAGGAGUACCCACAGAUCGUCGGCAAACUCCUGUGGCUGUCUAAUGGAACACGUCCAGACAUCAGCCAAGCCGUCGGCAUCCUUGCACGCUAUAUGACACAACCCAACAAGCAACAAGACUUUCUGAUGGCACACAGCGAUGCAAACUGGGCAAGCGACGCUACAGCACAACGCAAAAGCUCAUCUGCGGUGGAAGCAGAAUUUGUAGCUGCAACAGAAGCCACACGAGAGGUCCUGUUCUUCAAACACCUCUUCAAGGCCGUCGGAAUUGAUGUUGGUAUCCCUACAAUCUUUUCAGACAACACUGGCACCAUCCAGGUUAGCAAGGACCCUGCGCAACACUGGAAGUUAAAGCACAUUGACACCAAAUACCACUUCAUCAGAGACAACGUGCAAGAUGGAAAGGUCAGGAUCAAGUACAUUAACACUGCAGAUAACUUGGCAGACCUCUUUACCAAACCAGUGGGAAAGACUAUACUACAGCACGCGUGA